AUGGAAUCCACCGGUGAGCCGUCCUUUAGUGUGGCGACGCUUGUAGGAAAAGCCAUCGCGGUUGGGUUCGGUUCCAAGCUUGUGGUGGGUCUUUAUCCCAUGAGUAGCGUAGGUGAAUCAGGACCGAACAGCUCACUGACUAUAGAUGAUAAACAAUUGAUUCGGGCGGUUACCUUUGUUCAAUUUCCAGAAGGCCCACUGUGUGUUGUCACCGCUGGCGAUGCAAAGUACAUCAAUGUUUACAACCUUGAUUCCAUGGUGCACUGCAACCCAGCUACGUUACGGAAAACCAUCACCGAUAGCCAUAGCGAGGUGAACGACGCGGGUUUACAACUCUCGGAGUCUAAACCGAUAAUCCAGGAGAUUGAGCCCUGUUACCACUACGGUCCACACACCAAACGCAUCACAUCCAUGAUAACCGAGGUCGAUGGUUGCAUUAUCUUCGCUGACAAAUUUGGUGAGGUGUACCGCCUACAGCUGAACUGGAAUCCCUCCUCCAAGACCGUUACGGCGGUAAGUGACGACCAGAAGCCCCCUGCAGCGUUUCUUUUUCAACAUUUUAGCAUCAUUUUGGCUCUUUAUCUUUCCUCCCCUAUUCCUCCUUUCGGGGCGUCAUCGGGCAAGCCGGAGGGGCAUAGCCGUCGCCGCCUGUUCAGCUGCGAUAAGGAUCACCACUGCCGCGUUAGCUUCUACCCGGCGGUCUACAAUAUCGAGCAGUUCCUCUGGCCGACGAGCAAGAGGCCGGCGGUUACCACCUGCGUGGAGGAAAUCCCUUUGUUAGAUCGGAAACGCGUUUGCGCUUCCGCGGCGUCGACUCCGCAUCCGAACGGCACCAUCGAAGAAGCGCGGCCCCUCUCGCACUACGUGACCGGCAGCUAUGAAGGGGAGGUGUUUUUAUGGGUCGCCCGGAACGAUCUCCCGCCGAACUCAUCGGAGGAGUCUUUUCGAUUAGUCUCCAGGUGUCGGCCCGAGUCGGGUGAGGUGGACACGCCGGAAACCGGCGCGGUGCUUUCCAUGGUCUAUCUGGCAUGCCGCCGCGUCGCCGAGUGCAGUUCUGGACCCCUGUGCGACUCCCCCAGUGGGGUACUGGUGGCGUACGAAAAGCUGAAGGCGGUUGUUUUCUUUCAAAUAUCUUCCACCAAAGAGGACGGGUUGGAGGCGCAUCACUCGUUAGUAUAUGGCGGACGCAUUCAAUUGGAGCAGUUCCCGACCGCCAUGGUGCGCUGUGAUGAAUCCACGGUGUUAAUUUUGAAUCGAGAUGGGGCCACGGCGCGGGUUCACCUCUCUGCUACCCAUGGUUCAGAUCCUCAUAGUAGCCAUAUUGUGGGGGAUAAAGGUGAGGUGUCUCCUGAGCCCUACAAACCGGGUGCCAACACAAACUUCAGGUUGAGUUUUCUACCCCACGUGACGACUUCUUUAGAAGAAGGCAUCAAGCACAUCAUUACGCCUCGCGGAAUUAAUUUGCUGAGCGAGUUAAAUUUGUUUUCGCAGUGGCAGAAAACCGUUUCUGACCCCCGAACGCGUCAGAAGCAACUCGGCAGCGAUGAAAGUGGGGACGAUAUCAAUAUGGGUGCGUCUCGGGAAUCCAAUAAAAUUUCGCAUGAGAGUAAGGAUGAACAUAUUUUAAAUAAGCGGGCGCGUCCGGACAGUAAUGAAUAA